AUGUUUGACGGCGAGGCGAAAGGUGAUACGGUGGACUUCUUCUGGAUAAACCGUGAGCAGCGGUCGUUCGAGUGGUUCGUGUCCCUCCUCUCCCAGCUGGAGAUGGAGCAGGCGGAGCUGGACGGGCAGGACCGUUUCUUGGACAUGCACAUGUACAUCACCAGUGCGUUGCAGAAGUCCGAUAUGAAGGCGGUCGGGUUGCAGCUCGCCUUGGAUCUGUUGCAUGAAAAGGAAAAACGCGACCUCAUAACAGGUUUGAAGACGCGCACGAACGCCGGCCGACCAAACUGGGACAAAGUGUUCAAGCAACUCCAAGAACAGAACAAGGGGAAGGUCACGGUAUUCUACUGUGGACCUCCACAACUAGCAAGGAUUCUGCGAGUUAAGUGCGAUCAGUUCGGAUUUAAUUUUAGGAAGGAAGUGUUCUAGAUCAUUCUAUUGUCUACUGCUGGGCUUGAGCAUUCAUGUCUAAAGCUGCUGGGUUUAUUUGCUGUGUGGCUUUAAUUGUAAGAUUUACAUCUAAAAUUAAAUUGAUAUAGGUUUUAUUAAAUUUAAUUCGCAAAUGAAUAAUAUUGAUAUGUUUGAAAAUGGGCUUUAUUACAUUAACUGGACUAUUAAUUACUAUAAAUAUGACUAAAAUAAAUGCUAUUCAAUUCCGAAACGUACGCUUUAGUCAGUGAUAUAGUCCUUAAUUUAUUUUUUGAACGAGAUUUCUAUAUACUUCUUCACAAGAGCACCAGCAGUGAGACAAUAUUGUACAUAAACAUGGGUUCGUAGACUUCUCAGGCCACAAAGAUAGUCGUCCUAGAUGUAUUUUUGCCUUAAAUAAGAACUGCUAAAUAUACCGUUGCCAUGAAUGAAUCUUGUUGCUCACAAUUUUUUAUUUUUAAUAAUUAGCCUAAAAGGCAAAGGAAAGUUGAAGUACAACUAUGAAGUUUGAAAAAAUAUUUUUAAUAAAUACUUUAAGAUGGAUGGCCAGAAAAAAAUGUGUACAUUUUUAUAGUUUGUAA